AUGUCUUUGGUUCCAGCAAAACAGUACAUAUAUACACCCCUGAAUCAACUUAAGGAUGGCACAGUUGUUAAUGUCUAUGGUGUCGUGAAGUUCUUCAAGCCACCAUAUCUAAGCAAAGGAACUGAUUAUUGUUCAGUUGUAACGAUUGUAGACCAGACAAAUGUGAAGUUAACCUGCCUGCUUUUUAGUGGAAAUUAUGAAGCCCUCCCAAUAAUUUAUAAGAAUGGAGAUAUUGUUCGCUUUCACAGGCUGAAGAUCCAAGUAUAUAAAAAUGAGACUCAGGGUAUCACUGGCUCUGGCUUUGCGUCUUUGACCUUUGAGGGAACUUUGGGAGCUCCUAUCAUACCUCGUACUUCAAGCAAGUAUUUUAACUUCACCACUGAGGACCACAAAACGGUAGAAGCCUUGCGUGUUUGGGCAUCUAAUCACAUUCCACCUUCUUCAUCAUUGCUACAACUGUGUGAUGUUCAGCCAAUGCAGUAUUUUGAUCUGACUUGUCAGCUUUUAGGGAAAGCAGAAGUGGAUGGAACGUCAUUUCUUCUGAAGGUGUGGGAUGGCACCAGGACACCAUUUCCAUCUUGGAGGGUCUUAAUACGUGACCUUGUUCUUGAAGGUGAUCUAAGUCACAUCCAUCGACUACAGAAUCUGGCAAUAGACAUUUUGGUCUAUGAUAACCAUGUUCGAGUGGCACGAUCUCUGAAGGUUGGAAGCUUUCUCAGGAUUUAUAGUCUGCAUACGAAACUUCAAUCAGUGAAUUCUGAGACUCAGUCAACAUUACUGGCCCUAGAGUUUCAUCUCCAUGGAGGUACCAGUUAUGGCCGGGGAAUCAGAGUCUUGCCAGAAAGUAACUCCGAUGUGGAUCAACUGAAAACGGUUUUAGAAUCUGUGGAUUUGACAACCAAUCACCGUUUAGAUGCUGUCAGUUUACCGCAGUGUGAGGACAGCUUUCUAACCAUGUCAAGCUCUGGAUCAGUAUCACUAUAUGAAGUAGAAAGAUGUCAACAACUGUCUGCUACAAUCCUUACAGACCAUCAGUAUCUGGAGAAAACCCCAUUGUGCGCCGUUCUGAAACAAAGAGCUCCUCAACAGUAUCGCAUCCGAGCAAAACUGAGGUCCUACAAGCCCAAGAGACUCUUUCAAUCAGUUAAGCUUUAUUGUCCUAAAUGUCAUACACUGCAAGAAGUUCCGCAUGAUGGCGAUUUGGAUAUAAUUUUGCAAGAGGGUGCAACUAAAACCCCAGAUACCAAACUACAAAAUACAUCAUUAUAUGAUUCCAACAUCUGGACCACUAAAGAUCAAGGAGAACGAAAAGUAGCCAUUCAUUUUGUGAAAAAUAAUGAUAUUCUCCCAGCUUCAAAUGAGUGUCUAAUUUUGAUAGAAGGAGGUGCAUUCGGUGAAAUCUGCAAACUCUCAAACAAGUUUCAUAGUGUAAUUCCUGUAACAUCUGGCAGUGAAGACCUGGAACUCCUUGACCUCUCAGCGCCAUUCCUUAUUCAAGGGAAAAUACAUCACUAUGGAUGUAAACAGUGUUCCAGUUUGAGACCAAUACAAAAUCUAAAUUCUCUGGUUGAUAAAACAUCAUGGAUUCCUUCUUCUGUGGCCGAAGCACUGGGCAUUGUACCUCUCCAGUAUGUGUUUGUUAUGACAUUUACCCUUGAUGAUGGAACGGGAGUUCUGGAAGCUUAUCUUAUGGAUUCUGACAAAUUCUUUCAGAUUCCAGCAUCUGAAAUCCUAAUCAAUGAUGACCUUCAAAAAAGUAUGGAUAUGAUCAUGGAUAUGUUUUGUCCUCCAGGCAUAAAAAUUGAUGCAUAUCCAUGGCUGGAAUGCCUCAUAAAGUCAUAUAAUGUCACAAAUGGAGCAGAACAGAAAAUUUGCUAUCAGAUUUUUGACACAACAGUUGCAGAAGAUCUUAUCUAA